CACUCCUCUUCCUCUGCACAAACAAGGAAAUCGAAAGUUAUCUCUGAUACUCCUCUGCGACAUUUGUUAGUGAGUGUCAAAAUGGCAGAGGCAUUUUUUGAAGAUCGGGAUUCAUUUAGCUGUUCAAUCUGCUUGGAUAUACUGAAGGAUCCGGUGACUACUUCCUGUGGACACAACUACUGUAUGUGCUGUAUUGAGGGCUGCUGGGAUCAGGACGAUCUGAAAGGUGUUUACAGCUGCCCAGAGUGCCGACAGACCUUCGUCCAAAGGCCUGUUCUGAACAGAAACACGUUGCUGGCUAAAGUGGUGGAGAAACUGAAACAUACUGCUCCUCAUGCUGCUCCUCAUACUCCUCCUCCUGCUCUCUGUUAUGCUGGACCUGGAGAUGUGGAGUGUGAUUUCUGCACUGGGAGAAAACACAAAGCCCUCAUGUCCUGUCUGGUGUGUCUGGUCUCUUACUGUGAGACUCACCUCCAGCCUCACUAUAAUUUCCCUGCCUUAAAGAAGCACAUGCUGGUCAAAGCCUCCACACAACUACAGGAUAAGAUCUGCUCUCAACAUGACAAACUGCUGGAGGUUUACUGUCGUACCGAUCAGCAGUGUAUCUGUUAUCUGUGUACCAUGGAUGAACAUAAAGGCCAUGAUACAGUCUCAGCUGCAGCAGAGAGGACUGAGAAACAGAAGCAGGUGGGGGAGAAGCAACAGAAAUCCCAGCAGAGAAUCCAGGAGAGAGAGAAGGAGAUGCAGGAGCUGAGACAGGCUGUGGACUCUCUGAAGCUCUCUGCACAGGCAGCCGUGGACGACAGCGAAAGGAUCUUUGCUGAGCUGAUCCGCACCAUGGAGACAAGGUGCUCUGAGGUGAAGGAGCUGAUCAGAGACCAGGAGAAGGCUGAAGUGAGUCAGGCAGAAGGCCUCCUGGAGCGACUGGAGCAGGAGGUGGCUGAGCUGAGGAGGAGAGAUGCUGAGCUGGAGAAGUUCUCUCACACAGAGGACAACAUCCACUUCCUCCAGAGGUUCAAAGAUCACAGUGCCCCCCCUGUUUCUGAAGAGAAGCCUGCCAUCAUCCUUAACCAAAGUCAUGCUUUUAAGACGGUGAGGACCUCUGACCUCCAGAAAAAGCUGAUGCUCUGCUGUAAGGAGGGAGUAGGGGAGAUAUCAGCAGCAGUGAAAGCUGUCCACAUACUGCAGUCAGCAGAGCCAAGCAGCCAAGCAGCAGCAUCUGUCGCACAAUAUCACAGAAAAAAAUACUCUUUCAAGGAUAGGUGUUCAUUGUCGCAAGGUAAAAAUUAUGCAUAGCCCCCUGGGUAAAUGUUUAUGGUUUAAUUAAGGAGUGAUAAUAUCCUCAUCUUGUAGAUAAACUAUGUGCCAUUAAAAGGAGCAGGAGUGUGUUUGUUGUGUGUCACAGUUCAAGUUAACGUACUGUUUACUCCACUGACACCCAAAAGUACUAGUUGUAGAAUGCUUAGCAGGACAGGAACAUUAUCCAAUUCACGCCCUUAUCAAGAGAACAUCCCUGGUCCUCCCUACUGCCUCUGAUCUGGCGGACUCAAUAAACACAAAUGCUUCAUUUGUAAAUGAUGUCUGAGUGUUGGAGUGUGACCCUGGCUAUCUGUAAAUACAAAUAAAUAACAUUAA